UCGCUUGUCAUUGAGAUGUCAAAUCGACAUUCGUUAUCAAUUUUGUUGAUACGGCAGUUUCGGUUUAAUUUUUCGGCGAGUACACGAAAACUUUGUAAACUAAAAAUGGAACCGAAAGUCAAUUUAAAAGAAGACCCGGCGUACGUGAAACUACAAGAAUUCUACAAUUUGAAUGCUGAUAAAAUUAAUAUUCAACAACUAUUCCAAAAGGAUCCCGAACGUUUCAACAAGUUCAGUUUACGCAUUCCCACCCCAAAUGAUGGAGAAAUAUUACUGGAUUACUCUAAGAACAGAGUGGACGAGGCUGCCUUAGCUCUGCUACUUCAACUGGCUAGAAGCCGCAAUGUGGAACAAGCCAGGGAUGCCAUGUUUUCUGGCCAAAAGAUCAACUUCACUGAAGACAGAGCAGUCCUGCACGUAGCCCUACGCAAUAGACAGAACAAGCCCAUACUAGUCAAUGGCAAGGAUGUAUCACCAGACGUGAAUGCGGUACUUGCUCAUAUGAAGGAGUUCUCUCAACAAGUCAUCAGUGGGAACUGGAAAGGGUACACAGGCAAAUCCAUCACAGAUGUUAUAAACAUUGGUAUCGGUGGUUCGGAUCUUGGUCCUCUGAUGGUCACGGAGGCGCUAAAGCCUUACGCGAAUCAACUUAAGGUCCACUUUGUGUCAAACAUCGACGGCACCCACCUGGCGGAGGUGCUCAAGCGGCUGAACCCUGAGACAGCGCUCUUCAUCAUCGCGUCCAAGACCUUCACCACGCAGGAGACCAUCACCAACGCCACCUCCGCCAAGAACUGGUUCCUCCAAGUCGCUAAAGAUCCAUCAGCUGUAUCAAAACAUUUCGUAGCACUUUCAACGAAUGCUGAAAAGGUGACAGCUUUUGGUAUUGAUCCCAAAAACAUGUUCGGCUUCUGGGAUUGGGUGGGAGGAAGGUACUCCCUCUGGUCAGCGAUCGGUCUAUCGAUUUCGCUUUACAUCGGAUUCGAUAACUUCGAGAAACUUCUCGACGGAGCCAACUUUAUGGACAACCAUUUCACUACGGCGCCGUUGGAGAAAAAUGCCCCAGUGAUUCUUGCAUUGCUUGGUGUGUGGUACAGCAACUUCUAUGGCGCGGAGACGCACGCCCUUUUGCCCUACGAUCAGUAUUUACAUAGGUUUGCGGCCUACUUCCAACAAGGCGAUAUGGAGAGUAAUGGCAAAUACGUGACCCGCGGCGGCCAACAGGUGCAGUACAACACGGGGCCCAUCGUGUGGGGCGAGCCCGGCACCAACGGCCAACACGCCUUCUACCAGCUCAUCCAUCAAGGCACCAGGUUAAUUCCAUGCGACUUCAUAGCGCCAGCGCAAACUCACAACCCCAUAUCUGGAGGUCUUCACCAUAAGAUUUUACUCGCCAACUUCUUAGCUCAAACCGAAGCUCUCAUGAAGGGGAAGACUUCCGACGAAGCCAAAGCAGAGCUGGAGAAGUCCGGUAUGGCGCCCGAAGCGAUCUUCAAGAUCCUUCCACAUAAGGUGUUUAAGGGCAACCGUCCCACAAACUCCAUUGUAGUGAAAAAGGUCACCCCCUUCACACUCGGAGCGCUUAUUGCUAUGUACGAACACAAGAUCUUCACCCAAGGCGUGAUCUGGGACAUCAAUUCCUUCGACCAGUGGGGCGUGGAGCUCGGAAAACAGCUCGCUAAGGCCAUAGAACCGGAGCUGCAGGAUUCUAGCCCCGUCACCUCCCACGAUGGCUCUACUAACGGACUUAUCAACUUCUUGAAGGCGAACUUUGCUUAAAAGGGCAAAAAUCUGUAAAAAAAUUGUGGGCCCCCAAAAUUUUCCCAGGCCCUCUUUUCCAUUUUGGGCCCAAACGUCAUUAGACAUAGUUAUUGAUAAUAUUAAACCAGCAGCGUUCUUUCUGUCCCUGUCUUAUUUUACGUAAAUAUCUUAAUACCUAAAUGUGUAGCAAAGUACAAAAGGUGUGAUUACAUCGAUUCGUUUGAUCAGUGCGACGUGAAGAUGGCAAGUGGCUCGCUAAGGCCAUCAAGCCAAAACUACUUUAGCCCUGUAAGGUGCUAAGCUGUUUAGCCUUUAGGACCUCUCAUGACGUUUACACCAACGGUCGUAACAACUUGAAGGUGAUCUUCGCUUAAAAUCGACAAAAAAUUGAAGCCCCCAAAAAUUUCCCAGGCCCCUUUAUGUUUUAAAUCCGUUAUAAAUUCCUGGUGUUAUUCUAGUUAUUAAAAAUAUACAACAGCCUUCGGCUUAAAAGGCUUCAUAAAAUUUUUUGGGCCCUCAAAUACAUACGUUAAUCUCUUUAAAUGUUGCUUUUAUUGCGAAUGAAUAUUUUUUGUAUCGGUGUAAAAAGCACAACUUUAGGAAAGUGGUCGUAGCUAUGUAAAAAAUAUUAUUAAAUAAUAGGUAAAUUAUAUUAUUUAUUAAUAUAUAAAAAUUUGAAAUUAUUAAAAAGAUCUUUUACUUAUAUGUUUGUCAUUUUAUAAAGUGAUGUAUUUAUUGUAAGAGUAUUUGAAAAGUAUUUUGAAAUGUUUUGUCUCUUGGAUGUUGUUUAUUUAUAAAUGAUAAAUCGUAUUUGAUAUAGAAUAUAGCUUUUUAAAAUACUUGA